AUGCCGCCCCCGCUCAUCGCCAUCUAUGCCCUGGGCUCCGCCGGCGACGUCCUGCCGAUGAUUGCACUCGGUCGUGCCCUCCACACCCGGUGCAACUACCGUAUUCGCAUGAUAACCCCCGGCAAAUGGAAGGACCGAAUCCUGGAAGAAGGCCUCGAGUUUUUCGAUCAUCAUGACGACCCCAUCAUGUGCACCACGGAUGGCUUCGAAACCAAGGAGAUUGAGCUGUUUGUCAAGUAUCGUGGAGAUCCCCGAGGCGUAGCGGCUCUCAUGCGGGCCUCGGCCUCUGUGUUAGAAUACCUCUACAGAACCGUCGACGAGCAUCUCAAGGAUGUGGACUUGGCUGUGUUGGUUAAUGUCGGCGUCGGGCUCCAAGACGAUCUCCAGGCGAGAGGUAUCCCCUUUGUAGUUUGCAACCUGCAGCCCGGCCGAGCUACGCAGGACUACCCACCCCCGAUGAUGAGCCAGCUCUACCAGCCCGACAGCAAACAGACCGGCUAUAGCAAUAUCAUGUCGUGGGCUUCCUAUGGCUUUAUAGCGAUCUGGAAUCUCAAUCCGAUCUUCCAAGCAAGACGGAGAGCUCUCGGAUACCGCCGCGGCUUCCUGCCCUCGUCUGUUACGAUCCUCUAUGACGUUCUCCAAAAGUUACUGACGGACGGAGAAGCGCUUGCCAGAACACCCUUCAUGUGCGCCUUCAGCCCGGCACUGCUUCCCAUCCCCUCGGACUUCAAGCCAACCAUGGAACAUCUUUUCUCUGGCCCGCUCUUGCUGGGGCCCGAGCUCUGUGCCAAGCCGUUCGUGCCUGCUCAGGAUUUGGUCGACUUUCUUGCCACCGGACGGAUCGUCUACUUUGGAUACGGGUCGCUUCAAAAGAUUGGCCCGACCUCGACCAAGGAGAUUGACCACAUGUCCAUCUGGCUCGCUGCAAUCCAGGAGCUCGAAAGUCAGGGUCUCGAGCUCAAGGCCAUCUUUUCGUUUUCGUGGGGUCAGGAAGACAUCGCAUCAGCCGAGGCCGACUCCAAGUACCAGCAACUGCGGGAGGAUAUGGACACUCUGAUCGGACAGAAGCGAGUCUUUCGUCUGCUUGGAUCGUACCCGCACACCUACUUGUUUCCAAAGUGCCAUGUGGCAGUCCACCACGGCGGCGCCGGUACGACUCAAACGGCCGCAAAGUAUCGACUCCCUGCCAUCAUCGUGCCCCACUUCCUGGACCAGCCAUUUAUGGGCUCGGUCGCCAAGCAUCAUGGUAUCGGCACCGUCAUCGACCUGGACGACUUUUCAACGGCGACACUGGUCGCUGCUCUGAAAGAUAUACUUCUAGAUCGCCCCGAGUUUUACAAGAAAAACUGUGAUCGGAUUGCCGAUGAAAUGGCCAAGGAGGACCCUAUUGGUGGCGCCGUCCAGCUGAUUCAGAGUCUGCUUCAGGGCAACGCAACUCCAGAGUCCGAAGGAGGCUCUGAUGAUACGGCUGCUUGA